GCACAACCGGAAGUUCCGACAUUGCUGUUAUUGGGUAGCAGCUAAAGCUAGAAACGUUAUCUUCAGAUCCAAACGCUAGUUUAACUUAACUCAUUAGUUAGGAGGCAUUAAUUUAACACAUUGUUUGAACGUAUUAAGGUAUUAUAAUCACGUUGGACUCGGUGGUGAAUCUGUGGGGACUGUUAUUUGUCAUUGUUGACUUGUGACAGCUUAAAGGGGAGGCUAGUGGACUAGCUAGCUGGCUAAUAACAAGUUUCCUCAAAGACGGUGGUCAUCCUAGCUGAGAUAUCUCAUCUAGAGGUCACAUACUGUUGUCUGUGCUGCAACUCUGGUUCAUUAAAUGAAACCCUAUAAUUAGACACGUGGUGAUAAUUUAAAACCUCAUGAUCACAGGAUCAGGAGCACUUUAAAGAGAGCUGUCCAGCAGAGCAGCCCUCCUGGCCUUCUGGGACUUCCUCUGUAGCACCAUCCUCUGACCUCUGACCUCACACCCCUCCCACACAACACCACAUCAUAGACAAUGCACCUGAGCAACAAGACCGGUCCAGAGGUAAAUCACCAUGAAGAACAACUCAGACCUGAAACACAACAGGACCAGGAUCACAGAACAGCACCUAUAGAAGAAACUUUAAUACGGCCAGAAUCUGAACACAGCAGCUCCCAUGAACAGCCUUGGGAAAAGCUGUCCGAGGAGCCAAAACAAUGCCAGGGGCCUCGCAGACUCAAGAAGAAAGACUGUCCGACCUGCGGGAGAGUUUUCUCUAACAACACCGCUCUGCACCGACACCUUGUGAUUCACUCAGGGAAAAGACCUUUCAAGUGCUUCAUAUGCGGAAGAGGAUUCACGCAGCGUGGAAACCUCAAAACACACAUGAAAGUUCACAAAGGAGAGUUACCAAAUUGGACAUUAGUUCAAGAGAAGAGUCCGCCUAAAGAAUCUCCUGUAAUGGUUCAUGUGUGUGGAAAAUGUGGCAUGGACUUCCCUCAGAAACAACAGCUGGAGGAACACCGAGAGAGCCACAAAAAGCCUUACGCGUGUCCUGACUGUGGCAAGACAUUCAAACACGAACAGUAUUUUGAAAUGCAUAAGCGCAUACACUCAGGAGAUUCACCUUUCCUCUGUUCAGGGUGCGGAAAGAGUUGCGUCACAGCAGCUGCACUUAAACAACACCAAUUGAUACACACUGGAGAAAAGAAUUUCCACUGUGAUCAGUGCGGGAGGGCAUUUUCACAAUCCUCCAACCUCAACUUGCACCUCAAGACUCACACCGGAGAGCGGCCUCACCUCUGCUCAAUCUGCGGUAAAAGUUACUCAAAAGCAUCUAUUCUGAAAGUUCACCUGCGAGUUCACACCGGGGAGAAACCGUAUACCUGUGAGAAAUGUGGCAAGUGCUUCUAUUACUCCCAAGGUUAUCGAGCGCAUCUGAAGAUUCACGACAAGAAGCCAAAACCUCCAACAAAACCGUUGGGGAGACCAAAACAACAGCCGUUAGUGGUAAAUAAUCAAUAAUGUCACAAGAAUAAUAAUGCUCCUCUGUUUGGGAACCAAUGAUUUAGUCUUUGAACAUUAGUCAUCAUCCAUCUAUCACUGCUCAAUAUCUUAUCUGGUUCUAAGUCUCAGUAAGCAGCCCAGAUGAUUGUUAUUCUUUGGCCAUGUCGUCCAGUUCCUCCAUAGGGAUUCUGAGGCAUCCUCUAGUCUUACCAGUCCAACAUGCCUCGAAAACCUGCUUUCAAAAAAUAAAAAGUUUGGAACUUU